AUGCCCCGAUCCUCCUCCCCAUCCGACUCGACAUCAUCCUCACUUGUGCAUGUGCUGCCUCCCGACCCCAGUCUAUCUGCUUCUGCCUCUGCCUCAGCUGUUCCCAGUGCCAUAUCAUCCUCCCCCGAUCCCAUUGAACACGACGACACCCUCUCCUCCUCCUCCCAAGACCACGCUACUGCUACUACCAACCGACGCCUCCUGAGCCCGUCACCUCUGCUCCUCCCUCCACCUACCGCCCCGUCUCCUGCUGGGCACGCGACCACGUCGACUCAGUCCUCGAACCCGGAUGACACCCGGCCACAAGACGUUGGUGUCUCUACCGCCGAUCUCGCCCACGCAUCUUUGCGCCUGGGCUCCUCCUCCACCUUCAUAAACAGCAUCAACAAAGAAACUCCUUCCCGCGAGCCCGACAACGUCGACCAAGAAUUUGAGAUGGAGCCCUUGAAAGAGGCUGGCCACCGCCGACGCCGCAGUUCCCUAAUGCAAAACGCCAGCUCAAGCAACCACCAGAGGGUCCCGUCCAGGACUCAGGGAAAUCUGCUCGAAGAACCAAAGAUAUCGGAAGAGAACCUCGGGGCGACGCCGUCGGCCUCCAAAGACGGGGAAGCUGACAGCUUUUCCGACGAGGAUCUCCACGACGACGAGGAGACGGGUCUGACGAAGAAGGACAAGAACAGGAAGAAGAAGAAGAGGAGGAACAAUACCCGCUUGGACCAGAGAAUCGUUCGCGGAGAGAUCUCGGCCGAGGAGAAGAAGGAAGCGGACCAAAACGUCUUCAGGAGAUCGGUGGUGAACGUCGCUUUGAUCUUGCUAUGGUAUUUGUUUUCACUCAGCAUCUCGUUGUACAACAAAUGGAUGUUUGACGAAGACCGCCUCAACUUUGCCUUCCCUCUGUUUACGACCGCUUGCCACAUGCUGGUGCAGUUCUUCCUCGCAUCCUUAGUAUUGUUUCUAGUUCCGUCGCUACGCCCGUCGAAUGGCCACCGCCACUCAGAUCUGGGCCGCUCAAGGCACGAGUCCGAGCCGGACCGGCCGUUGAUGACCAAAAUGUUCUAUCUGACGCGCAUUGGACCCUGCGGUGCUGCGACGGGUCUCGAUAUUGGACUUGGAAACACUUCACUCAAGUUCAUCACCCUCACAUUCUACACUAUGUGCAAAUCAUCCUCUCUAGCGUUUGUUUUGAUCUUUGCCUUUUUGUUCAGACUCGAAAAGCCCACGUGGCGGCUUGUGGCCAUCAUUGCGACAAUGACUCUCGGUGUUGUCCUCAUGGUGUCGGGAGAAGUUGAGUUUAAAGUCAGCGGUUUCAUCCUUGUUAUCUCCGCCGCCUUCUUCUCCGGAUUCCGCUGGGGCUUGACUCAAAUCCUCCUGCUCCGCAACCCGGCGACCUCGAACCCGUUCUCGAGCAUUUUUUUCCUCGCGCCAGUCAUGUUCUUGACGUUGAUUGUCAUCGCCAUUCCUGUGGAGGGCUUUCCCGCCCUCAUCGAAGGGCUGAAGGUCCUCGUGGCCGAGUGGGGUGUUAUCACGACCCCUUUGUUCCUCCUGUUCCCCGGCUGCAUCGCCUUUCUCAUGACCGCCUCGGAGUUCGCUCUGCUGCAGCGUACCUCGGUCGUCACCCUCUCUAUUGCCGGGAUCUUCAAGGAGGUUGUCACCAUCUCCGCUGCCGCUAUCGUCUUCAACGACCGUCUGACGCCCAUCAAUUUUGUCGGUCUCGUCACUACCAUGGGCGCCAUCGUCGCGUACAACUUCAUCAAGAUCACCCAGAUGCGUGAGGACGCUCAGAGAGAAGUUCACCGUGGUCACAUGGAAGUUGCCUCCGGUACGUCCACGAGUGGCAGCGACAACGACGACGGCGGCGAGGAGACUGGUCUUCUGCGGAACAGCACUGACUACGAAGACAAUCUCAUCACUGCGGACGGUGAUAUCUUGCCCAACCCACAACACACAGCGCAAGAGUCGCGGACCGCUCAGGCUCACCGUGACAAUUAG